UGGGGCCCGGGCAGUCCAACACCGACUUCUUUGUCUUCCUCCUCAGAAUAGUAUACACUGCAAACGCCUUUUGCUAUAUUCUUCUGCAUGGAUGGAUGGAUGGAUUUGGUUCUCCAUUCUCUCUCCUCUAUCUGUCUCUCUUUAAACACUACACAUGUAUGGGGGCACACCCAAAUCUGUAAAGACUAAAGAAUCUCUCUAGAAAAAGAUAAAUAUUCUGGCUAGCUGGGUCUCACUAUCUGGGAGGGGAAGGGGGGCUCUUCCUCUCUGAAUUCCAAGAUUUUGCUCCAUUUUCACUUUUCUUGAAUCCAUCAGGAUCCAAUUGGUAAUACAUUGAUGAUCUUUGGGUGUUUGAAUUGCAACGGGAGUGGUUUAUAUUGUGAAGAAGUUGCUGUUCAGUUACAUGACCGAGUAGUCCUUUUCGGGGUUGUUUAAUGGGGGGUGUGAGUUCUAAAAUCGAAGAAGAUAAGGCGUUACAGCUCUGUCGUGAGCGGAAAAAGUACGUUCGACAAGCACUCGAUGGGAGGUGUUUUUUAGCAGCUACUCAUAUUGCUUACAUAGAGGCGUUGAAAAUCGCUGGAACUGAUUUAAGAAAGUUUGUUGAACCCGAAGCUUCGAUCUAUACUUCGACCAAUGUUAUACCUCAGCCACUUGCAUUACCCGGGGGAAAGUCUCCUUCCCAGUUCUCGUUCUCUUCCCCUUCUAUCUCACAACGUGUGGAUGCAUCUCAGAAUAUAUUCCCGUCCCCUUCACCUCCCACCUCUGCAAGAUUCCAUGCAAAUCACAUGAAGUUUAGAGGUACGUUUUCGAGGAAAGUUGAAGAAAUCCCCGUUGUCCCGGUUACUGUAUCCGUUACUUCCAACAACCCUCAGAGCCCCGGGAAGCCUGAAGCAUCACUAUCAGAAACUCCUCCCGUCUCGUUAGAAGCUCCAGAAUGGGACUUUUUUGGUCUUGAUCAUGGUCAUGCAUCUGGCAAUCAUUUUUCCCCGAAAGAAACGAGAGAGAAUGCAACUGAGACUGGACAUUACGGGGAGAAUCACGGGGCCUCUCUGUUGGAAGAUGAAGAACAGAAUUUUUCCUCCCCUAGAAUGGUUGAGUCUCACGAGUCAGACGAUGAAUUUGACGAGCCUCCUACAGAAACAUUGGUUCGAAGCUUCGAAAAUGUUAAUAGGACAACGGAAAAUGCUGCCAGUGAGGUGUCAGAAGCCCAUUCUUUGAAAGGGGAGAGCAAUUUGCCUAAUCUGUCACCGUUAAGACGUCAAUCUUCGGGAGUAGUAGGGAAUGGUGUGACAACAACACCGGGAAGAGAAAACAAUAUCGAAAAUAAGGUUGCUCCAAAGGACUUCCUUUCCAGCAUGAAAGAUAUCGAGCUCCUCUUCAUUAAGGCCUCAGAUUCUGGACGAGAAGUACCCCGGAUGCUGGAAGCAAAUAAAUUCCAUUUUCGUCCAAUUUUCCCCGGGAGAGAAAGUGGUUUAAUAUCAAAAACAUUGUUAAAAUCUUGUUUCUCUUGCAGUGAAGAUCCUAGCCAAGUUCCCGAAGAACCUCCUCAUGCCUCUGUUAAGUAUCUGACUUGGCACCGGACCACAUCAUCACGUUCUUCAUCAUCCAGAAAUCCACUUGGUGUGAACUCAGCAGACGAUGCUGAAGAUAUCUCGAACAACCUUUUUGAUAACUUCUGUAUGAAUUCGGGGAGUCAUGCUUCGACCUUAGAUCGGCUGUUUGCUUGGGAGAAGAAGCUUUAUGACGAAGUUAAGGCUUGUGAGAUGGUCAGAAGUAUAUAUGAUUCGAGGCGCAAGGUGCUUAGACAGCUAGAAUCGAAGGGAGAAAGUUCACGAAAGAUUGAUAAAGUACGGGCUGUGGUGAAGGAUCUGCACUCGAGAAUUGGCGUUGCCAUCCACAGAAUCAACUCCAUCUCGAGGAAAAUCGAGGAAUUGAGAGACAAAGAACUUCAACCUCAGCUGGAGGAAUUGAUUGAAGGAUUAAGGAGAAUGUGGGAAACGAUGCUCGAUUGCCACAAACUUCAGCUCCACGUUGUAUCGAUAGCGCAUUCCCCCGGGAACAUCAAGGUCUCGAUAAAUUCAGAUUCACACCGGCAGACUAUCAUCAACCUUGAAAACGAGCUGAUUUCGCUAUCCUCGAGCUUUAUGAAGUGGAUAGGAGCUCAGAAAACGUACGUGGAAGCGAUUAAUACGUGGCUCUUGAAGUGUGUAUUUUUUGAAGAUAAAUCUUCCAAGAAGAAAAGGAGUCUGCUAAUACCUGCCCGAAAAGCUGUCGGUCCACCCAUAUAUGUCAUCUGUAGUGUCUGGAUGGACAUGUUCGAGUCUUUACCUACGAAAGACGUGGUUGAUGCCACGAAGAGCUUAGCAGCUGAAGUCACUCGUUUCUUGCCCCGCCACGAGAAAAAUCAAGCCAAGGGUGCUAACCCUCCCCAUCACGAGAAUGGCGGUGAUCCAGGCAUCACGCCAUCACGAGAAGAUGCCUCGGGGGACUUCAUUGCAGGUUAUGAUCGUUUCCAAACGAGCUUGGCUACUUUCCUUGCUCAGCUAACCAAUUUUGCAGAGUCUUCCGUUAAAAUGUUCACUCAUCUCCAGAAGGCCACACAAGACCAUAAAAGCCUCUAUGCUCGAGCGAAAGUCAUGAGCCACGAGAACAGCAUUCCUUCUCACGAGAACCAUGAAAUGGCGUCGAAUGCUUAAAAAAAACCAGACUGCACAGAUACAGGAACAGCGAAUUGAACCAUCAUUAUGUCGUUUUGUAUAAAGGCGGGAAUAAAAAGAGGUAAACUUAUAUAUCUCGAGCUUUUACAUCACUGCUUGAGUGAAGAUAUGAAAUAAUGGAGCUCAGUAUAGUCAUAUAUAUUAUGUUUUAGGCAUAGUUAAACUUGUAAAAGGAGAUAUAGAUAGUGAUGAAGAGAUUAUAUAGUCUAUUGUGGGGAAGUGUAUUUGUUGUAUAUACUCAUCUUAAAUCUAUCUUUUGGUUCCUUUAAUCCAAAUUCA